GAGAACCCAUGUGGUUAAAUGGUUCCUGACUCGCAGGAAUCUCCCGCAGCACAAAAAAUCCUCUCUGACUUGAGUGGAGAGAAAAGCCAAAACCAGCAGCUCCAGUUCGCACAGACGCGCGGCGCCUUCAUCCAACGCGCAGCGCCAACCUGACCCAAAAACGAGAAAAGAACAGAACAGAAAAAAAAAAAACCCUGAAAGCACUCAAAGAGGGCUAUCUGCCGGACGACUAUUGAGGAAAAGCUUCUCCGAAGCGGGGACUUUUAACAGAUCACAGAUGAAUCCGGCCAAGUUCUCGGCGUGUGGAAGUGGGGAGUUCUGCACUGGAGCAGAAGUGGAUUAAUACGCGCCAGCGAUGAACUUUAAUGAGAGAUAAUCCACUUUUUCAUUCUGAGCAGUAUCAUCUGGACUCGCCGCCGCUGAUCUCCAAUCAGUUUAAGUUGUCUCAAAUUUGGAUCGAAGCGCAUCUGUAACGGCGGAUUCCUGCGUUUCCAGCUGCUUGAAUGAUGCCUGCCUGCUCCACGGGACUUUAUUGUCUGCUGGCAUUUCUGCACGUCUGUUCAGGGUCUCGUCUUCGCCAGGAAGACUUCCCUCCCCGCAUUGUGGAGCACCCGUCUGACCUCAUUGUGUCCAAAGGGGAACCAGCCACGCUGAACUGUAAAGCAGAGGGUCGUCCAACACCAACAGUAGAAUGGUACAAAGACGGGGAGCGCGUUGAGACGGACCGGGACAACUCACGCUCUCAUCGUAUGCUCCUGCCCAGCGGGUCCCUCUUCUUCCUACGCAUCAUCCACGGACGACGCAGCAAACCUGAUGAUGGCAGCUACGUGUGCAUGGCCCGGAACUACCUGGGGCAGGCUAUCAGUCACAAUGCAUCGCUAGAAGUCGCCAUAUUACGCGAUGACUUCAGGCAGAACCCAGUGGAUGUUAUGGUUGCAGUAGGUGAGCCUGCAGUGCUGGAGUGUCAGCCGCCCCGUGGACACCCUGAACCCACCAUCUCCUGGAGGAAAGACGGUGUCACCUUGGAUGACAGAGAUGAACGCGUCACAAUUCGCAGUGGCAAACUGAUGAUCACCAACACCCGCAAGAGUGACGCAGGAAAAUACAUCUGUGUUGGAACGAACAUGGUGGGCGAAAGGGAAAGUGAGAUUGCUGAGCUCACUGUGCUGGAGCGGCCAACAUUUAUCAAGAGACCCAGCAGUGUUGUGGUGUUGGCAGAUGAGAGCGUGGAAUUCCACUGUGUGGUUCAAGGAGACCCCGUUCCCACUGUCCACUGGAGGAAAGAUGAUUCUGACCUGCCUAAGGGCAGAUUUGAGAUCCUGGAAGAUCAUAGCCUCGUCGUUCGCAAAGUCACCUCAUCAGAUGAGGGAUCCUACAUCUGUGUGGUGGAAAACAUGGUCGGGAAGGCCGAAGCAUCGGCUACUCUCACUGUGCAUGUCAACACUGUCCCUCCGGCAUUCAUCAUACGUCCCAGGAAUCAGGUGGUAGCAGGAGGCAGGACGGUCACCUUCCCAUGCGAAGCCACCGGUAACCCACAACCUGCUAUCUUCUGGCAGAGGGAGGGCAGCGAGAGUCUCUUGUUUUCCUACCAACCACCACAGCCCUUCAGCCGUCUGUCUGUGUCCCAGAUGGGCAGUCUGACCAUUACCGAUGUGCAGCACUCAGACGCUGGCUUUUACAGCUGCCAGGCUCUCAACAUCGCUGGCAGUGUUAUUACCAAAGCACUGCUGGAAGUGGCAGACUCUGGGUCAGACCAUCACCCUCCUCCUAUAAUUAUGCGGGGUCCAAUCAAUCAGACUGUACCCAUGGAAAGCACAGUGGUCCUGGGCUGCCAUACUGCAGGAUCUCCACUGCCCACAGUCCACUGGAAAAAGGAUGGCAUGAUGCUAUCUCUACUGGACUCCCGUAUAUCUCUAACUGAUGCAGGAUCACUGGAGAUUCGCUCUGCUAAGAUCGGAGAUACAGGUUUCUACACCUGUGUUGCAUCCAGCUCCAAUGGAGAGGCUUCCUGGACAGCAUACUUACAAGUGAAGGAGCUUGGAGUUGUUGUCCAGUAUUUACCAACAGAUGCCAACCAAAUUCCCAGUGCACCUUCUAAGCCCGAAGUGACUGACGUCAGCCAGACUUCUGCCACUUUGUCAUGGAAAUCUAACUCUCGUACUGGGGGAACACCUACAUCCUAUCUAAUUGAGGCAUUCAGUUACACAUUAGGCAGCAGAUGGGUGACCUUAGCUGAGCAUGUGAAGAUGCAGACAUUUGUCCUGAAGAACCUGAAGCCUGGAACUGUCUACCUCUUUCUAGUCCGAGCAGUGAAUGCGUAUGGCCUCAGUGACCCCAGCCCAGUUUCAGACUCUGUCAGAACACAGGACAGUAGUUCUACCCUCCAGGGAGUUGACCACCGUCACAUUCAAAGGGAACUGGGUGAUGUGGUGAUCAACCUGCAAACCCUGACGGUGCUCUCAUCUUCUGCUGUUAGACUGCAGUGGAUGGUAGAGCAGCCAUCCCCAUAUGUACAAGGGUACAAAGUGCUGUACAGGGCAUCUGCAGCACAUAGCCAACCUGAAGAGCAGUGGAGUGUCAUGGAGGUACGUUCGCUAAGGGAGGACGGGGUGGUGAUCAGUCAGCUCAAGAAGGGAUCCAUCUACGAGUUCAAAGUGCGCCCCUUCUUUGAUGAGUUCCAGGGAGCUGACAGUGAGGUGAAAGUGGCCCGGACACUGGAAGAAGCCCCCAACAGAGCGCCCCAGGGUGUUACUGUGAGAAAGAGUGAUGUCAAUGGGACUGCUAUCCUCGUUGCUUGGAAACCACCAUCAGAACUGGAAGAGGCUGGAGUGAUUCAGGAGUACAAAAUCUGGUGCCUGGGUAAUGAUAGUCGGUAUCAUGUAAACCAGUCGGUUGAUGGCUCAACCUUUUCUGUUCUCAUAACCAAUUUGGCACCAGGAAUUCGCUACAGUGUCGAAGUUGCUGCUAGCAAUGGUGCUGGACCUGGAGCCAAAAGUGAUGUUACUUUCUUCCAGUUAGACUCUGCAGGCCAGAUGAUGGACAUCAGUGAGGAAAGAAACACACUGUCUCAGAUCUCAGCCGUUGUGAGGCAACCGGCGUUUAUUGCUGGCUUUGGCGCCACCUGCUGGGUAGUACUCAUGAUUUUCAGUGUAUGGCUAUACCGGCACCGGAAGAAAAGAAGUGGACUAAGCAGCACAUACACGGGCAUUCGCAAAGUGCCAUCAUUCACCUUCACUCCUACAGUUGCCUAUCAAAGGGGAGAAUCUGUGUGCAGUGCUGGCAGACCUGGACUGAUGAACAUGGGUGAACCUCUGAACCAGCUGUGGCUACCUGAAAAUUGGCCAAAUGCAUGUGGCAAUCACAAAGACUGCAGCAUCAACUGCUGUAAUAACGGGAAUGGCACCAGUGACAGUAACAUGACGACGUACAGCCGACCAGCUGACUGCAUCGCCAACUACGGAGGCCAUCUGGAAAAUGAUCAAGGCCAGAUCAUGUCUGAAACGGCCAUUUACAGUGAUGUCAACCUCUCCAACAAGCUCAAUGAGAUUAAAACCUUCAACAAUACCAGCCUGUGCUAUGCCACCCCAGGAGGAGCCACAUACGAGCCCAUCCCGUACGCCACCACCCAACUCAUCCAGUCCAACAUUAAGAACAAAGCCGCUACAGGUGGUGCUGUGGCCGAUCAGCUGGACAUGCACUGCUGGAAACAACCCCCCAACCCACCUCCAAUACCAAAGGAGAUGACGGCACCGAUGCAAUACAAUAUCAUUGAGCAAAAUAUGAUAAUUAAAGAUCUACAAACCAUCCCUUACAAUGUAACACGUGAUCAUAGCACAGGAGGCUCGCACCACAGCUCAGACAGAAGCAACAACAGUACCUCUGGGAGUCAGAAUCAAAAGAAAGGCACAUGGGCCCCCAAGAUACCCAAACAACAUACUGCAAUUAGCUGGGGAGACCCACUCUGCCCUCCUCAUGCUAAUGCUUGCGACUCUGAUGAGUAUAGCCUACCCAUGGAAAACAGCUUUGAUCCAGAAGAGAGAACCGACAGUUAUCCUAAUCUACCAGUCAGAGGAGCUGCUGCAUCCCCGAGCAAAGCAUCCUACAGUCACCCAUCUACCACGUCACUACAGGACAACAUGAGCAAUGGUCUGAGCAAUGCCACUGAACAUAUCAGCCAGCACAUCAGUAGCCACCCACACCCUCUACCCCCAACACAAACAUACAAUUCAGCACCUCAGUGCAUAGACACUGACAGACAGGAGGAGGAUGACGAGGAGGCAGAGGAGGAGAUGGACCCGGAGCUUGCCGAGAGUCGCUACAACCAACAGAACUGGCAGCAGCAUAAACAAGAGAGGCAGCAGCCUUCUCCUCACAAACUACUCCUCCAGGGGAUGGAGCAAACCCCAACUUCCAGUACCGGGGACCUCAACAAAUCAGUCACAGGGUCAAUGGUUAACAGCUGGGGCUCGGCGUCUGAGGACAACAUCUCGUCAGGCAGGUCCAGUGUGGUCAGCACCUCAGAAGGAUCCUUCUUUACAGACGGUGACUUCAACCAGGCUGCAGCAUCCUCACGAGAUAUUAUAGGCCUACGCAUGUGUAGAUAUCCAGAGGAAUCAGGUUGGCGGCACCAGCGACCCAGCAGCCCCAUGUCCACCGACAGUAACAUGAGUCCUGCAGAAACACAUAAAAGACCCAGGAGACAUAAACAGACCCAGUCUGGUCAGCAGGUCUGCCCACCACUGGAUGUCUUCAAUGAUGAUGCUUUCAUGCCUCUGAAUUUCACAAGCCAGAUGUCCCAUGGUGAAUACAAAAUAAGAGGGGCCACCCUGCCUCGAAUGGGCUCUGGGGAAACCCGAGGCCGGCGGGGCAGCACCGGCACUCACAGGAUUAAGGAGGAUGUGUUUGAGCAGAGAGACAGCCGGGAGAAGCACAAAACUGCACAAGCAGGAAAUGGAAACAACAAAAGUGAACAGCACUCAGGUCAGGCUCAGAGGGAGUCUGAUGAUUUUAAGUCCUCCAGUUUCAUGUCACAUGGAGAGUCAAGGACCAAACAGGGAGAGACGGUAACACCUCCAGGACAGGAAGCAUGACUUCAGGUACAAGAGUUUCCGAAAAGCUGAGAAGCACCACUGAAUAAACAUGCAGUUGCUUCAAGCAAAGGAUCACAAACCUGAGGAUGUGGAGGAAACUACACA